AUGGCCUGUACAGGAUGGAGACUCCUCUGGUUGGCCUGCUUGGUCUCCACUUUUCUUCAAUACGGUGCAGUCCGGGUGACCGUGAGAGAGUCUGUUGUGGAGGUUGUGCAGGGGGAUUCGGUCACGCUGCCCUGUUCAUUCUUCACCAGGAUGUCAUCGUUCAGACUCAACAUCAUCUGGACUCUGACCCCGCUCUCAGACCCCGACUCCCCAGUACAGGUGAUCGUGUACGAUCACGGACAGGUGAUUGAAAGCCCUUCGUUCGUGGGCAGGGUGGGAUUUGUGGGAAUGCCCUGGAGCGCGGACAUCGUUUUGAACUACACGCGUGUCUCUGACGCGGGGGUCUAUCGCUGUGUGGUCAGCAACCCGCCUGAGACUGGAGACCCUGGCAUCGGAGAGCUCAGCCUCACUGUUCUGGCACCUCCGUCUCUUCCUGUGUGUCUAUGGGAAGGGGACACCGAUGCUGGAGGCGAUGUGCGACUGUCCUGUGUGGUGGCCGAGGGCUUUCCUGCUCCACUGGUGAUCUGGGAAAAGCUAGAACCAGAUAAGACGACACUGCCAGUGAACAUGGAUGGUGACACGACGGGCUCAGUGCACAUCGCCAAUGUGUCUGCGCAGACCUCUGGCCUGUACCGCUGCUCAGUGAGCAACCCGCUGGGAACCCAGCACUGCUACAUCAACCUGUCUGUGUACACACCUCCAGAUAAUUCUCCAGGCAUCCUGCAGGGGGUGAUGUUGAGUCUGUCCAUGGCCCUGAUCCUGCUGGCUCUGAUGGUGCUGGUGCUGUGGCUCCACCGUUCGGCACAGGCGAGCAAAUGGAGGAACAGCCACGAGGAAGAUGGGUGCUAUAAUGAGAUCAAAUACACACCCUCUCUCAUUAAACGUUCUUUUGUUUAAGACGAGGACAGGAAGUGACAUCCGGAUCAUCUCUGCACUAAUCUUUCGCGAAGGCCAGUUUGUUUCAAAGGGGAGAACGUAGGCUACAUAAAACACAAAUGUGUACUUUUUCUAAUAAAAAUCCUUUCUGGUGCGUUUUUUUAAGCGCUUAAACUCAUUACAGUUGCCCUACAGUCUAGACUACAGUCACCGCUGUAAACAGCAGGGUUUUUUUUGGCUUGAGGUAAUCAAUAGCGUUGCCACAGACACAAUAGCAUUUUAAAUACCCAGAAAACUAAUUUAGGGCCUCCUAAAGCACAAGCUGUACAUAAUCUGAACAGACAAUCUGAAGUCAAUAAAUUAAUGCAUGUUGAAUUUGUUCUUUUGGGAGAUUUGUAUGCAUAUGCUUUGCAUUGAUUUUAUAUGAUAAUUUCAUACAUGGCUUAAAGUUGAUUGUAAUUGCUUUUGGUAUGGAAACCUUCAAUUUAAAUAAAAAUGUGAAUCACUACAAGCUAUUUUAGAGAGAGAGAGAGGGAGAGAAUAUUAUUAGAGUAUAUUAUUACAUAAUAAAAUAGAAGUUUAGUUUUAUUUUUGAUAAAAUAAAUGCAACCUCCCUGAUGUUCAACAACAUACAGACCCCAAAAAUUUGAACUGUCGUGUACAUAAUAUAUGUACAAUUUACUACACUGCUACAAUUUAUUAAUUAUAUACACACACACAUACACUAGUAAAAUUAGCCGCUUGUCAUACUACUGAUCAAACGAGUUUCAGUUUGUGAAUAAAACUUACCACCCUCUACAUAUAUUUUGACAUGGUGGAAAAAAGACGGGCAACGGAUUCACAAAAUGACUGUUUUGCAAACAAUGACACAAAAAAGCUUUAAUUUAAAUAGCAGGGGAAAAAGAAAUCACAAAAAAAAAAACAAACAAAAAAAAAAAACUGUACAUAAACUUUGAAUAUUGAAUAACAGGUUUUAAAUAAAACAAUCCCCAUAACUAAAAUUUAAAAAAAAAAAAAAAAAAAAAUACAGGAUGGUUUACUAUUUUACAAUAGUUGUGCAAAAGCAGUAUUAACUGAUUCAUUCCCCAGACUUCAUGAUUCUGUCGAGAGAGAGAGAGAGUCAGACCCCUCCGCAAGCACAGAUACACCGAAGCGUGACUCCCCUAAGACUCAAAGUAGUGUCCUCCAUUGAAAAAUAACCAGAAAUCCAAUAAUAAUAAAAUAGAUUUAUAUAUAUAUUUAUAUAUAUAUAUAUAUAUUUUAAAUAUAUUUAUAUACAAAACAUGCUGUACAUAUAUGGCAGAGAUUGGUUAGAUCCCUUUUAAAUCACUGACACCCACGACUAUCCAGUAACUUGUGCUUUCUCCCAGUAAGAGAAGAACUCCCUGUUGCUUUGGAAAAGUCACCCUUAAGAUGAGAAAUGGUCCUGAUGGAAAGAGAGAAAGAGCUUGAUCGGCUUCGAACCAAACGCUCAAUAGCUAUUGAAGUCCAUCGCAAGAAGCCAUAAACGGGGCAGGUUUUGCGUAGCAGACUACAUGAGAGACUUGAGAUGGUGGUAUUCGGAAGCAGACUAGCUGCACGGUUUGCAGAGAGACUUGAUGUUUAGUGUUCAAACAGCUUGUGAUAUGGUUUGUGACGGGCAGCUACUUUCAGUGUUAUUAACUCAUCAACAAUCUGUGGUUCGAGUGAGAAUACGAAUACAAUAGAAUGAUCAAUUCGGUGUGAACUGCCUCUACUGGCACUUAAUGGAGCUAGAAGCUCAAAAAUCGCAUUAAAACUGGAUGAAGAUCGAGCAAGAAUCGGCCGUUCUGAAUCCGUCAGAUUUGUAAAAUGAACACAAAUGGGGCCUUUAAACAGAAAACCACACUAUUUUGUAGGACUGGGAAAAUAAUUCGGAGAUUUUCCAAACGCAUUGCGACUCUUUUGCGAUGCAAAUCCAGCUUCGUUUUGAACAGCAGAUGGCGCCGCGCGCUUUAGAAACAGUCGUGAAGCGAAUUAAAGCAUUCCAAGCGCUCUUCGGCACUCAUUAGCAUUAGAGCACUAGAUUAGAGCGCCACCUGCAGUUAAAUCUGAGCUCAGGAUCGAUUCCAGAGAGAAUUGUGAAGCGUUCGGAAAAUCUCAGAAUCAUUUCACGAAUUGAUUCUGCACCGAUUUAUCGUUGCAGCCCUGUUAUUUUGCAUAAAUCGCCAUUGCUCUAUGGAACCAGUGUAUAAUUUCCAGCAAAAAUCCUU